CAUAUGAUUCUAUCCAACAAAUCUUAAGUUUUAAAAAUGUUCUGGUUUACUGACAGAGAAAAUUGUUUUGUGUGAAGAACCAAAGAAGGAUUGUCCAAAUAAAUGUGAUUUUGUUCAUACAAUUUUGUUUUUAACUCCUUUUUGCAUUGAAAAUGGAAAAAAAGUGAUUGUUGAGGAUUAAAAGACAGUUUUACUAGAGAUUGAUGCUUUGUUUGAAUCCACCCUGUGGCCUUUCUUUGCGUGUUCUCCCUGAGUCUCUGUGGGUUAUUGACUGUAGGCGUGAUUGUGGGAAUGGUUCUGUGUCUCUGUGUUAGCCCUGCGGCAGACGAGCGACCUGUCAAGGGACCCCACAUGCCUUCGAAUUGGAUAUGAGCAGAAUAAAAUGGAUGGAUGAACAGCCCUUCAAAAAUGAUCCACAAUUUUCCAACAUGUGCUUCAUGUGUUUCAGUAAAGAUUUAAACCAAACAGCUGAAAAACAAUUUUACUAACUGCUCUGAGAUUUUGACUGAAUUUCUGAGAAGUAGAUUGUAUUUUUUAAGUUGUGAGUUUAUUUUUGACCUAAAAUCUGACAUGAUUUUGAUAUUUCAUGGAGUCUUUCAUGUAUGAACAGGUCUUUUCUGUUUGUAAAGAUUUUGUAUUCAUUUCUAGAUUGAAUGUGCUUCAUAUCAUCUUUGACACAAGAUUCACACAAAUACUGUAAACUGUAAAUAUAAAAACCUUUAUAAUAGUUAAAUGCAUUUUCAUACAGCAGAUUUUAUGCUUGACCGUUUCUGGAAACUCCUGUUAACUACAUUUAUUAUGGACUUAUCAAGGUUUUUGAAAACAUUUUACAUAAUAUAUCAUUUACAACAUAACUGAUGUUAUUGGUGGAAUUCAUGUUUAAAAUUAAACAAGCAAAUCUGUAAAAAUUACUUUUUUACCUACUCUUUGUACCAGACACAAGGAAAUGUGACUGUCAAAAAUAACACAGGAGGUAACUAAACACAAAGGAAAAGUUAAGAAAAAAGAGAGUCUAAAAUAAGUAAUCUAAAGCAGAAUCCUAACUGAAAUAAGCGGAAAGUGUCAACCAAAAAUAAAUAUUAAAUAAUAAAAUUAUUUUAAAAAUCCACAAAUUGAAGAAACUCAAAACUUUUUUGGGCUUUGUGUUUUUGUGGGUUUUAUACUUUUGCUGACUUAACAGACUCUUUGACAAAGAUGAAAACAUGACUAUAAAUAUACAGAGGGCUGAUUAGGGAAUAGAAAACAGAAGAGGAGGAAAUAAAACCCAAAAGAAACGAGCAGAGGAAACUAUCAAUAAGAAAAAAGGAAAUGACCAAACAAGGAGAGAUGAAAGAAAGAUUCUAAAAAUUAAUGAACUAUUUCAGGAGGGAACAUGGCAGGAAAACAUCAUACAGACCUACACAGGGAGCGGGCAAAACGGAGAUUUGUUAUAAUGGUGGAAAACAAAAACACAGAAAUUGGAAAGUCACAGGAUCAAAAAUCAAAACCCCAAAUCACAAAACUGGAAAAUUAUAAAGUUGAAGACAGGAAUCAAAGACUUGAUGAUGUCUUAAAAUCACUAGCAGAAUAAUAAUAACUGAAAAAACAGUUUUAAAAAUAAAAGCUCAACUGUAUUAAGAAUGAAAAACCCUCAAACAACACAAAAGCCCAGACCGUGACUAAAAACCCUGAAUCCACGAAUCCAAAAACUUAAAAAAAAAAAAAAACCCCUCUACAACAGCACUGAAAUCAAAAGUCAUGAAUAAGGAACAAAACCCUGGGACCAUGACACCUUGAUCAAGCUGAUGAGCCGGCACAUUGAGGAGGAACCUUUAAGUGUCAUCGGAUUACUGAGUUAAAGCGAAAAACUCUGUUUUUCCUUCCCUGCAUUGAAAAGCGGUGCAGCUUCACAUUUUAAGACUCGCUUAAGGUCGGACUUUCCCUUUAAGUGAUUUAUGCAACAGCAUCUCCCGGUACCUCAGUCUACCUCAGUCAGCACCAUGGACAGCGACCCCGCCAGCUCUCUGGCCGCCUCCUGCGCACCCAGCGGGCCCCGAGGGGCAGGGCACGCUCCUUCAGUAACAACAACCGGCUAAUACAGCAAAUCUCCCAUCAUGUUACUGCGGCACUGACAGCUGAACCGUAGACAGCAGGAUGCGGGAGUUCCUGUAGAAACACCCUCGCGUAUUGUUUUUCGUUUCUUACGCACCGGGAAGGUACAGAUGCUCUUAUUUUGUCUUUCACCGAUCAGCCGGUCCCCGUCGGCUCAGCUCUAAAUGCCUCUAAACGACAGCAGAUGUGACGAGUCUCAUUUGAGGGUCGCUGUGGAGCAAAGGUGGUGAAAUCUCUCGCUCUUCCUCCUCCUCCACGCCCUGUCAUCACUACCAGUAGCUGCCCAGCAUCAUGUCUCCUCCAGCAUCGGCUGCGACAGCGAGUGAAAGCAGCACCACCACCGUUUUCGAGGAGGACACCAGAGAGGAGCAAAGACCGCUGAAGCAAUCUCUAAGCAAGUCCUUAUGUCGGGAGAGUUUCUGGAAAUGCCUACUCUUGUCCGUUCUCAUGUAUGGCUGCAUGGGAGCCAUGGUUUGGUGUCACAUCACCAAGGUGACCCGCCUGACCUUCGACAGUGACUUCAAAGGGAAUUCCAUGAUGUACCAUGACAGCCCCUGCUCUGAUGGCUACAUCUACAUCCCCUUGGCCCUGCUGGGCAUGCUCUAUUUAGUUUACCUAGUUGAGUGCUGGCACUGUCACGUGAAGAAUGAGCUGCAGCACAAAGUGGACGUGGAGGGCAUCUCCGAGCGUAUCCAGAGGAUGCAGCAGGCUAAGCCCUGCAUCUGGUGGAAGGCCAUCAGCUAUCACUAUGUGCGCCGAACUCGACAAGUCACGCGCUACCGCAACGGAGACGCCUACACGAGCACCCAGGUUUACCAUGAGCGUGUCAACACCCACGUGGCAGAAGCAGAAUUUGACUACAGCCACUGUGGUGUCAAAGAUGUUUCCAAACAGCUGCUGGGCUUGGAGAAGUCUGCGCUGACAAAGAUGCGCUUCACUAAGUGUUUCAGUUUUGCCAACGUGGAGUCAGAGAAUUCUUAUCUCACACAAAGGGCGAGGUUUUUCACCGACAAUGAGGGCCUGGAUGACUACAUGGAAGCAAGAGAGGGCAUGCAUCUGAAGAACAUUGACCUGAAGGAGUAUGUCUUGGUGCUCUGUGACCCGGAGCACCACCCUUGGUAUCUGUCCCAGUACGUCUUCUGGUUUGCCUCCUUCCUCACGUUCUCCUGGCCUCUCAGAGUCUUCACAGAGUAUCGCACUGCAUACGUCCACUAUCGUGUUGAAAAGCUCUUUGGCCACGAUUACCUCCCUGUGACCCCUUGUGAUGAUCGCCCUUAUUGGCGCCGUAUCCCUCGAGUUAACACCAUUGACAGUACAGAACUGGAGUGGCACAUUCGCUCCAACCAGCAGCUGGUUCCCAGUUACUCAGAGGCUGGCCUCAUGGACCUGGCCCAGUGCCCCUCUAGCUUCAGUGGGCUUCGUCAGAACUGCGAGCGCUGCCACAGAGCCAUGAGCUGCUCCUCAGUGUUCUCCCGAAGCGCCCUCAGCAUCUGCACCGGUGCCAGCUCCCGCAUCCCCUUCAGCAGCAGCCGCUUCUCCUUGGCCCGGCGCUAUGGCUCCCAGCGCAGCUGCUUCUGGAGGAGCGGCAGCCUGGACGACCAGGAGAGCCCCAGUGAAAAUACCCGCUGCCUAUCGGAACGCCUCACCACAGAUGACGAGGAGCCCCCGGACUACGAGGAUGCACUUUGUUACCCGGUGCUCAUCGUCCACUGCAGUGAGAACUGCCACAACCACAGAUCUUUCCACAGAAAUGGCUCCUGCGUGGAGACCUCUUUAUGAUAUGCAGUCACAGCGGCAUUUCUGUAGCACUUCAAAAACAGGGCGUAGUGGAUGCUGUAAGAAACAAUUGCCUGAAUCCUGAAUGUGUGAAUCACCAAAGCAAUAACAGAGGUCAGUGAGCGGAGAACAAAGUGGCAUCCCAUGAUAAGCUCACACACACAAACAAAUCAUAUCUGCUUGGCUUCCAGGAAAAACCAAGAAGACGCAGACUGUUACAAAGCACACCAUCGCUACAGCUUUUACAGUGCAUGUGAAACUAAGGCUGCAGAUACCUCAUAGGGACUUUCUCAGAGGUUUAACCAUCUCACCUUCAUUCAGUGAUUCAUUAUGGAGCAGCUUCUACAAAUUUAAUUUCUAACUACAGCAAUAACUGUGAAAACAAAUCUCAAGUGGAGGAUCGCCAGUUUGUGCUGGUGUACAUCCCAAAGUGGAAACCUCUGACUUCAAGUGACUAUUUAAAUCUUGGACGUUCUCACUCACUGUUAAACCAUAUCUGUAAAUUCUUUUUUAAUCAUCUGUUUGUUCCUACAUUACCCAGAAUGCCUUUUAUUAACUUCAGACAACAGGUAUAGGCUUAAUUUCAGCAGGCAGUGACCUAAGGAUGUUAGAAAGGGAGAGGCAUUUGUUCAGACUGAGAGAAGUUCAGACUCAUGCCCUCCUAACAGCCGGUCCUGUGGUUUUGUUGCAUCCUGGUGCAUCUCUGCUUCUUUUUCUUCUUCUUUAGUGGAUUUCUCUGUACUUGACUGUUUGGCGUUGGUGCUAUGUGGCAGCUCCAGACUGUUGUGGAUGUUGAGUGACUGACACACAAACAUGAUGUUUACAGUUGGUGCUUUUCUUCUAACCUCGGAUGUAAAUGUUGGAAUUAACAGUUUGGCCGUCUUGAAGAAAAUAAGAGCGAAAACAGAAUCAGGCGGACAUUUUUUUUUUUGCUUUAGUGGCUUUAACAUGCGAUUAAUUUGUCUUGACUGACCCAGAAAAUGAAAAAAUGUGGGCGCACUAACACUGUCUAGUCCUAUGAGCCUUUACCUUGACAGACUAAAACGCAUCAUGAAAACUCAAUCAAGCAUUACGCAUAAAAUGGGACUUUUCUGCUGCCUACUGCCAUGAUGAAACCUGCCGGCAACUGUGGUACAAAUACACAUCAUUACACCCAUCAUGUGGACAUAAAAGAUAGAGACUGGUUUAUUACAGUACAUGUGAGCAGGUGAGUGUGGAUUUAGCUGCAAAAAAAGAACAUAAGAUCAUCAAAUCCAUGCCUGAUUUUGCAUGAUUUCCUCCUGCUGAGACACUGUGGUAAAACCAUAUCCAUGAAUGUAAACCACCAGCAUAUACGAUAUACUCUGUACCAUUAUGUGUUGAUAGUAAAGGAAUAAUGCUCCAUUUUUCAUCUGUAAAAUGGUGAUCUCGCUGUCCAGCGUGUACUGAUAUGCCACCAUGUUACUGAAAGACUGUGAUGUUGUCAUCUGGAGGAUAUGUGACUCUUCUGAGUUUACAGUCAGUAUAUGCAAGGAUGUAAAUGCCCUUAUGUUUACACAUUAUACAAACUUUAUAAUACAUGCUUUUUUUAAAUAUAAAAAAUGUUGUAUUCAUUGUGGCACAAUACUUCUUGUUUCUAUGGAGGACCAAAACAGCCAAAAAUUUAAAAUAAAUAGUUUUUUAAAUAAAUUCAUAUGCCAUUAAAUGCCUCUCAAAUAGCAUAAUAACUUACUUUAAGCAUUAGUUGUGUUUUCUUUUUACCCAAAUGACUGUAUUGUUGUAUUCUCUUUUCAAAUUUCUUUCCACAUUUCUGCUUUCUGUUGCAAAUAAUUUGGCUAUCAAUCAAAAUCAGUCAUGAGGUGAACCUUUUGCCUUUUGUAAAUAAAUGUUUAAAUAAGUCUUAGUCACUAAAGAUUUAAAAUAGGUUAGCUAAGCCCUCUUAUGUGUACAAUGAAGCAGAAAUGCAUAAAGAAAUGUAAAAUCACAAAAUGAAUGUAUUUGAGGGAAAUAAACAUAUUAAUGCAUAAAUUAUUUUAAAAAAUAAAAUGUAAAAUUAACAUAGGCUCAAAUAAAAAUUAAUCAGUGUGAUAAAAAUUAAUAAUCAAAAAAUAUAAAAUUUAUUUUGUGGCAUUUAAUGGCAUAGUUAGCUAUUUACUGAAUAAAUAAUUUUUUUUUAUCAUCUUAAUCCUGUCAGUUUUGGCCCUCCAUACUUCAUACAUUGUUUUCAAUAAUGUAGUGACAUUCAUAUUAUUAUGCACUUGAUGGAAGUGACACUAUAGACAUUAUGAAUUGUAGUGGAGCUGAAUGUUGGUGUAAAUUACCUUAAAGUAAUAAUUAAGCUGAUGUGUUAUCAUAAAUGCUCAGACAUGGAACAAAAACAAGAGUCUUGUACAAAAAAAGUGUCAUAAAUGUCACUAUAACCAAAUGGGCUGUAUAAAUAACUUAAUUACUUUUCAGAAUAUGUAUUUCAACUUAUCUUAUGCUGGAAAAAUAAAAGUUGCAAUAAAUGUCUGGGUCACACCCAUGUACAGUUAAA